AAACUCUAAAAUAGCUUUCAAACAAUAUAAUUGUUCAAGUAUUUAUUGUAUUGAGUGUUUAAAGAAUUAGAAGCUAUGUUGAAAAAAUCUUUUCUUUACUUCUCUCAAUACUUAUCGAUCUAAACGUAAUUUUAAGUGGAAUCGAUAAAAGGAACCAAUAGCUAGUCAACUUCAUUUGGGUCAAUCAUACACCGACACCUAUAUUGCUUCUACAUCAAAGGAUCAAACCACAUACCUGGGAGAAACAUCUCGAAAAACUUACUGUAAAUACUCGUUAUGAAAUUAACAAUGAUAAUUUUGUUUAUAUACAUAUAUGCGACAUUCUUAAUUGUACGUGCUGCUUUGACGUGUAACCUUACAAAAAGGAUAGAUGGAUUAAUAUGGGAUUUAUCUUAUUGUGGAUUAAAGGUGCUGACAAAAGAUUUUCGAAGAUAUUCAAAGAAUUUUACUCACCUUAAUAUUUCUCAUAACUAUAUAGAGAUUAUAGAUCGAAAAUGGAUAGCACAUUUUCAAAACGUAAGAGUUUUAGAUCUUAGCUUUAAUAGACUUACUCGUAUCGAUAUGAGCGUUUUCGAAGAUCUAUCGAAGUUGACAGAGCUCUACAUUUACAGUAAUAGAUUAACAAAAGUGAAAACCAUUCAUUUAGAGAGUUUAUUAAUUUUGGAUUUGUCCUACAAUAAAAUUGAAAAAUUGCCGUGGAAUAUGUUUUCAGGAUCCUGUAAACUAAAGAAAAUUAACUUUUCCCAUAAUUCAAUAAAAACAAUCUCAAGGAAAAAUUUUAGAUUUAAAAGAUCAAUCGAAUUGAAUAUGUAUAAUAACAAACUUAAUUGCCAUUGUGAAAAUUAUUACUUGAACUCUCUUUUCAAAUGGUCUAAACAUACGUCGCCAUUUUGUUUAAAACAAAAAAAGCAACUAUUUCGAUUAAGUAAAUCGGAACUGUGUGAUAAAAUUAAAACUUCAAAUAAAAAGAUGAAAAAGAAAGAAGAUAAAGUUCCACGAUACAUCUAUUCGGAGAAGGUCCACAUACACUUUAUGCCGGAACAAGAUGCUAGAAAGUACGAUGUAAAAGUAGGAAUAAAAAUUGCUUUAACGUUAUUACUCUCAAUGGUGGCAAUGUUUGCUUGUUUAGGCAUUGGAAAAUUAAAGAAAGGAAGGAAAUUACAGAACAACGAAGGACAGGAAAAGGAAAAUACCUUGUAAACAUUAUUUACAAGUAAAUAUUUUAGCACCGGAGAAUACUUUUUUUUAGGAUUACGUAAAAUAAUUAAUUCAAAACGACUUUAUUUAGCUAUCAAGAUAUAAAUCGAUUUCAAUGCACUAGGUUUUGCUGUUUUUUUGACUUCUAUUUUAAGUGAAAAUGAUCGAUUAUUGGAUUUGAUAUUUGAGAUUUUUGAUUAUCUUGGUAAUAUUUAAUUCUUGCAAAUCAUAUCCGUUUCCAAUAUUUCGAUAUAGUUACAAUUCAUGUUUUAGAGAAGCUAUUCUCUCUUUAUAGAUUAAAAUGGCAAAGUUCUUCGAAUUCUCCUUUAUUUUUUUGCAAUCAUUAAUGUCUUUUACAAUCCAUUUAAUUGUCUUUCGUAAGUUUUUUCUCCAGAGACUAAAAUGAAUAAUGAAUCAUUUUAACAUACAUGAAAUAUCUAACGUUUUAAGACUAUUUCUUAAGAGCCUUACAAAACACAAGAGAAUCAUUGAGGUUUUUCAAAGUCGUAUGAUAAAAAAAUGAUAAAUUCUUCUUUCUUUUAACAAGUGUAAUAAUAAUAAAAAUCAUCAUUUAGUGUGCUUAUACAAUUUUCCAUUGGUGAACCUUAUGUAUAUAGCGCUGUAUUAUCUAUUUCAUAAAAAAAAAUUAUCUCUGUACUAAGGUUUAGUGUCGUCGAGUGCUUGAGCUAUUUACUAAAAUAUACAUUGCAGUAGAAAUAGCAUCAUACAUAGCAUGAGGAUUAUUUGAUGGAUUGUAUUCCUUAUCAUGUUCAUAUGCCAAUAUAAUUAUAACGACCUUAAGUCUAAUUUACGUUUCUUUUCAUCUUUC